AUGCUAGUUCGUCUCAGAGUGUCCGGCAAACCCUUGCAAACUUACUUCUGUUGCUCUAUCUUCCGUGAUAAAUCUCGCUGCGUUCCCAGGCUGUCCAAGGAUCUAGUCGUGGGACUGCUUCUGGCUCGAGCACUAGCAAUCGAGGCACUGGUAGAGGGCGUGGAGCACCAGAUUCACCCGAGGUUUCCAAUUCCGGCGGUAAUCACGGAAACGCAAGAGGUACUCGAGGAAAUGGACGCGGUGGACGCGGGCGUGGACGAGGAAGAGGGCAAGGACACGGCGGCCCACCAGCCGCGCGCAGCUCGGGCUCAAAUAGCAGACGAAAUAUUAACUCUCAUAUUUAAAGAGCCUUACCGCUAUGCUACACCCGAAGGAACUACCGUUGCCGUACGUGAUUGCGUCAAAGAAAGUACUCGAAAUACAUUAUAUUUUGGCCCAAACGACCUUCCUGCGCCUCAGCCUAUUGAAGACAGUCUUGCCAGUCGUUUGGCACAACUCGAGGCCGGAGGCCGGACGUCCCAGAGAGCGGGACCUGACCUCGUGAAGCAGCGAUACGAAUCUCCGGCUUGGGAUAUCGAAGAGACGGGAACAGAGGGUCCACCAACAUACACCGCGUCGGACAUACAUUCUCAAACGGACUUCACGCCCGUCCGUUCACGAACGAGGUUUACCAUACUCGAACGAUCGACUGUAGGGGGCGCGCGGGAGCUAGGAACUAUUCCAGGUGGACAACCCCAAUCGCCGACUGAUACUACAUGGCACCUCCCAACAUCUGGCGAUGACCGCCCGUCGCGCACGGGCGCAAGAGGAGGCGUUGUGCCGAGCGUCGACGCUCUAUGCGUCUUUGAUAUCGGAAUGGGCCGAGAGUUUCUAUGGGUACCAUCGUCGGAUGCGUGGAAACGCAAGGAGGGGUCGCGGGCGUGGCGAUACUGGUUCUUGGCUGGCGAUUUACCUGACCGGUCGCAGUACGAACGUGGUGUGUACACGGAUGCGAUGGUCUAUACGCCCGGGGUAAUCAUGGUGCGAGACGAGUGGGACAGCUGGGCAAGUCCGGUUUUGGUAAACGUGGUCACGAGCGCGGCGGUCAACGCAGGUGUUGUCAGACAGCAGGCACACAAGGAAGCAGAAGACGAGGGACGGCGCGUGGACGAGGUUGCCUUGGAACUUCAUAUUACGCAGUUGAUGCGCUCGCGGAUGCAUCGUAUUCUAGCGCUCUUCCUUCAACAAGGCGAUGCCAAACUCGUGCUAGGAUCUUUUGGGACGGGUGUUUUUCAGAACCGUGUGCGCACGAUUGCGGAGAUUUGGGCAGAGUUGUUGGUUCUCCCUGGUGCACCAUUUGAGAAUGCUUUUGAAGAGGUCGAGUUUUCCAUACUUGGUCAUGAAACCAUCACACAGUUCAGAGAAGUAUGGGGUGCUGUUGUUAAAGACAAGGCUAUGUAA